AUGGCGGAGUCGAGCGUCGAGGAGUUCGCAGUCGACCAGGCGCGCGUGAGCGAGGUUGGGCUCGACGAUGACGGGGAGGCCAUCAGGCGGUCCCGCAUUAGUUGCGCCAACGAGUCGCUGGGUCGCGUGGCUGAUCUGCUCUCGGCGACGCGGCCAGGGAUGCGGCUGUCCGUGCGCCCUGUUCGUGGAGACGGGCUGUGUUUUUUCCGCGCUGCGGCUGCCGAACUGGGACUUCCAGGCCGCGCGGCUUGGAAGCUGUACAGAUGGACGCCGGUGAAGAUGAUGAGGCAGCGGAACCAGCAAUUGUUCGAGGCGCUGCAGCUGGACGAGUACGCCGUGGAGAGGAGGGCCCGCCUGCAGAAGGAGUUGCCAGCGCAGGUGGCCAGUGGCGUCGCGUGGGGCAGUCUCCCCAACUGGAAGGUGUUCUACGUGGACAUAUGCAUGGGCCUCCAUUCGGAGGACGUGUCGGCAACGCGCCGAUAUGCAGACGCUGUUGUGAUCACGCACUUCCUGGAGGCUUGUGGCGCUCUCGCUCUGUACGUGCCAUUCAACGCGUGGAGCCAGGCGGCCAUCUUCCCGGACCAGGGGUUGCUGCAGGGACGUGCGCAAAUCCCAGUGCUCGAUUUUGCUUUUGUCCACUAUGACGUCGACGGGUAUUCACACUACGAUGCGGUGGACGUGGCGACGUCAGGAGCUAACGCUCCGCGACCGUGGGAGCCGUCGACCGCGUGCCGGGGGAAGUUCAGCGACCCGUCGUGUUUCGCUGACGUGGAUGCGCUAUUCGGCGAGGAGGACGUGGCGGCUUUCUGUCAUCAGGCGUCCGGGCGCUUGCAGUUCACUGAGAGGGAGUGCGGCGGGCGCGAGUUCCGGCAGCAACGCGCGCCCGCAGCCGCGGAGGCCCCCGAGUCUGACUCCGACGCCGACCGGGAGUCAUCGCCCUCAGAGCCGGCGUCGGACUCCAAUUCCGAGCUGUCGGAGGCCCCUGCCGGGUCAGAGCAGUCCGACGUUGACCACUUGGCCUGCGGCGCCGACGUGGCGCACACGACGCUGGACGUCGCCCACGAAGCAGCUCGGGCUUUCUCUGCAUUUCUCCGGCAGGACCCGACGCUUCCUCCGCCGUUCGACCCGUCGGACGCCGCAGACAACAUCCAGGAGGUAAUGGACGGAUUGCAGUGGCCGAUCUGCAACUGCGCCGUUCGGCAGUGCCGCUGGACCGGGGAGACGGAAGGGGAUUUGCGGCGCCACGUAAUCAGCUGCCACCAGGCCUGCCUCCCAGCAGCGUGGAGGCAGGGGUGGAACAAGAGACUCGCUGACAGCGCCGACGAUGUCGGCGUCCAUGCCGAGGUGCUGGAGGAGCAGGAAGCGUGGAUCUGGUCCAUCUACUGCCAGGCGGUGGAGGUCCGGGCGCGCACUGGCAUGCCAGCUCUCGGCAUUUGCAGAGACCGGCGGGCAAUUCGCACCAUGAGGCAAGUGGCGAACGAUGCUUGUUUGUCGUCGCUGGUGUGCUUCUGCUGCGGUCAGAUCUACACGAGUGUCGAGGACCCCGAGUCCGCUGGAGUCAGUGAGAUUGGAUGGACGCCACUGCGCGGGCUCUUGCGCAGUUGUCCGCGUGAGCUCCUGGAGUACGCCUUCGGCUUGGACGCGUUCCUGGCGCACUUCCCGCACCCUGCUCCGGACCACCGCGGGACGCGGUCGCACCACUAUCCGACGCAGACAACCGCGUCUUCGCCGUGGGUGCGAACGGUGCGGUGGAAUGGUCCGAACGGAAGCCAGAACACCAUGCGCUUCCUGUGCUGCCCGGAAGACGUGGUGUGCGACCGUCAGCAUGGAGUUGUUGAUGAGCUGUGCGAGUCGUGCCGCAUACCUCUGUGCUGGCAGUGCCGCGGCAUUUUCGCGAAGACGCGAACGGUGCGGGAGCGAAUCCCGCGUCCCGCCAUCGCCAACGACACCUUUGUCGGGUUCGUGUCGGCAUGGUGGGAGAAGCACAAGCCCCGGUGGAUCGAGAUGGCCGCGGCCACGCCAGUGUGGACGAGUUUGAUGGCGUUCUACGUCGAGGGCGAUAAGGGCCACCUCAUGAACAAUCAGGCCAUGCAUCCGCACAGUCGGUACGCUGUCCGCGGUAAUCUGGCCAGCUUCCUGGUGCAUUGGGACGACGUCCUGGAGCGCCUGCUCGCCAUCACGGAGAGUUCCAGUGCUGCUGCGGCGCUGCCCCACGACGGCGAGACGCUGGCCCACUUGGUUCGCUUCGAGUUCCGGAUGAAAGACAAGGACAUGUCGAAGCACCUGAAGCACAUGCGCCUCCGCGCUCAUGUGGUGCUGCAGCUCGGCUGGGAGCUCAUCGACCGCGGCCACCCCGCUUUUUGUAGAGAUGCUGGCAAUCCCAUCGCAAUCGCCGCUGCCAAGGAGGCGUUUGAAAGGCGCGUGAAGCAGUGCUACCCGUGGCUCGGCACCCCCCAGGACACCGACGGGAAGGUCCCGCCAGCCGUGGACCGGGCGACGGUGGUGGCGGAUCCGUCCAGGAGCAGUGUGCAGGAUAACAAGCACGCGACUCCGGCGCUGGCCAGCACUGACGUCGCCUCUGUUUUCGACGAUGCCAGACCGACCGCCUGCGCGCCCACAGAUGCGACGUCCCGGCAAGGGACCGCGGGUCAGCGCCAACAGCGAGCCAUGGACGGCGGGCCAGUCGUCCCGUACGUCGCCGACGCGGCCAUGUUGGAGCAGUGGAACGGGAAGUACCCCGCGAUCGCUUUCCCGCACACGCUGCUGUGGCAGAGCGGGGGGCCAGACUUCACGAGGUCUUGGCGCAACGGUGCCGAUGCCGCACAUCGGCGCCGCGCGGUGGGGCGGCCCGAGGAAGUGCAAAACCGGCCGUCCAUCAGCAUGGGGAUGUGGCUUGCAGGCGUGAGUCGCCGAGUGGAACACCAGAUCCGAUCGGACUGGCUCUUCAUCCCAGGCAUGCGCAAUGUCCACUUCCGCUUUUUGGGCAUCACCGCGAGGUUGGGGAGCAGAGUCAGGAAGUACAAGGACGAAGACGGAUCCGCUUUCACGGAGCGCCUGACCACGGCUGUCCGCGGGUUGCACGACCUGUUGGCGAAGGGGUACUACGGGCCGAACAGCGCCGACGCGGAGCUCCCCGAUUUCGAUUUGCGUCUGUGCGAAGUGGCCAAUGAUCCUCUCUCGGUCGUUCAGGGCUUCCGCGUCGCCGUGAACGUGAUCUUGGGCCGCCUCCUGGGUCUGCGGUUGUGCGCCGAGUGCGGCGUCGCGCGAAGAUAUCGUAGGCAGCCCCGGUGCUGUUGCACGGACAAGUUCGGCUCCAAUUCGCGCCCCAUGGGCGGGAUUUUCGGGGUUGCUGCAGCUUUGCUUGGCGCCGUCGAGAACCAGCACCUAGGCACGCUCCACUUCCACGGGUUCGUGUACCUCGCGAACAUGUUCCAGCACGCACCCUUGACUGAGAUCGCGAGGACAAUUCGGGAGUCCCCUGGCUUGGCGGACGCGGUUAAGGAGUGGCACGCGUGGGUCCACAGGGAAGAGCACUGGGCCCCCGAGGAGCACCGGGAGAGCCUACCGUCGCUGGAGUCUGAGUGGCGGCAGAAUCACCGCGCAUCGGAGCACGUAGGUCUGUGUCGGUGGCCCGCGUAUGUGGACCAUGCCGAGCCGAAGACGAAGUGGGACGAGGGGUGCGAUGCCGUUGCCUGCGACGCCGACGCGGCCACCUUCAAGCAGGCUUACGAGGCAGAUGCGCAGAUGAUUUUCUCGAAGGUCCAGCAUCACCACCAUCCCAACGGGAAGCCGCUCACACACUGCAUCAAGAAAGGCUGCAAACACGGCGACAAGUGCAAGCACGGCUUCCCGAAGACCAUGCUCAUGGCGGCCCCAGAUGGACCGAGAUUCCGCGUUGUGUGCCCUCAGGUGGCCAGGGAAGUCGGGCUUAAAGUGAACGGGCCGAGGAGUGCGUUGGGCGAGAUCGCGGGGCCUCGGAACGACGACUUCCUGAGCGGGACUUGUCCAGCAUUGGCGGUGGCAUUUCGGAGCAACACGCACACGGCGCCGAACAACCGGCUCCCGCUGAUCACAGGCAUUACUCACGACCCGAACUGCCUGUGUCGACACGGCUCCAGAGAAGACACAGAAGAAGGGCACCUUCGACGCAUCGCAUUCGCGGUGCAGCGGUCCAUGUCGAACUCCUCGCGGUACAUCGGCGGGUACAUUUCCAAGGUGCAGCGCGUCGGGAAGAAGGCGCGGGAACUGGCGAAGACCUGCCUGUCCACGCUGGCCGAGCGACUCCAUGGGAAGUCCGAGAUGCAGCAGACGCUCUACACUGUGCACCGCUGCAUCGGGGACUGGGAGGCCAAGGGCGUGGCGCGGACGAUCUUCGAGGAGGUGAACUUGGCGCACUUCGCGGACAGGCCGAACCCGCUCGCAGCGGAGUGCAUCACGUCGUGCCCUGUCGCCGACUUCUACGCGGGCUGCUUCCUCCAGAUCGUGGCCGACGAGACUCGGGCGGGGCGCGCGACGGCGCGGCGCCAGAAGAGGUCCGUGGUGUUCACGGACGCAGGCGAGGUGGCCACUCCGCCGGACGCGACGGCGCGAGCGUACGCCUACCGACCCAAUCAUGCCGAGUUGAAGACUUUGAGCCCGUACGAGUUCGUCCGCUUGUUCGAGGUGGUACCAACGUACCCGCCACCAAGAGAUGCUUCGAAGCCAUCGACGGGCCCGACGGAGUGGAAGGCGAAUUCGCCGCCGGCCGCGGCUGAUGGGCCUCCACGGCCUGGGGUCCAUUAUGUCGUGAAGCCACCCGCGGAGGGAUGCAGGUACUUUGCGCUCGAAGAAGACCCAGACGACAUGGAGUUCGCGCACAUGUACGUGAUUGUACCCCGGGGCGUCCCCGCGCUACCCGUCUUCAUCGGGUCCGUCAUGCCUCAGCCCGAAAUGACGCCUGAGCGCCGCAGCGCCAUUUUGUCUGCGUACUUCCGACCAUGGACAUUGGUGUGCAAGUACGGAUCUUCUCGGGGGCCUGUUCCGCUAGCGAAGAAUCUGAACUUGCCGCCCAAGCGCCAGCGCUGUGGGAGGAGCGCGCCGAGCUUCCGAGUAGCCCUCAAGCACUACCUUCGCGGCCACAUCGUCUCGCCGUCCAACCGCAUCCUGUGGGCGAACGUGCUCCGCACCAUGACGACGAUGCCGGAGAACGCCGACGAGGGCGAGGACGACCAGGACUCGAAGCCGGUGGAGGCGCUACCCGAGAACGCGUUUCCGGUCCUCAGCCCCAGCAGCAUCAUGGCAGAGUUACGGCGAGUAGACCGAGACGCCGGGGCAGAUGCCGCUGGCGAGGACAUUGGGAACCUCUCCCAUUCGGUGCACAAAGCGCUGGAGCAGAGCAUGUCCUUCUGGGACCCGCCGAACAGGGCGCCCACGUUGAACUUGCCACUGCGACAGUCUGCUCUUCGGCAUUCCAGUGCAAUGCCAGCGGGGGCUCGCGGGAAUGCCCAGGAGCCACCGCGGAAGAUUGCGCGCUCCAAGAUGCGGGAGAAGCUGUACCCUGGCGACGCUGACCUGACCAGCAACAUCCAGAGCUGGCGGAGAGGACUGCAGACGCACCAGAUCACCCCCGACCCGCAGCAGAUGAGCAUCCUGGACGCCGUCGCCGACAGGUGCGUCCAGGAGGCCCGCGAGCAGGACCAGCUGCGCGGAUCGCCAUGCUCCCGGCUGUUCGUUCUCGGCCUGCCGGUCUCAGGGAAAUCGGAGGUCAUCCGGUGGCUGUGCGAGGAGGGCGUGGGGCUGUUCCCCACGUGCAUGGGAUGGGAACACGAGGUGCACUUCAUCAAGACCGCCCCCAUGAAUUCCAUGGCGAGCAACAUCGGUGGGCGAACCAUCCACAACUUCAGCAAGCUCGGAAUCGACCUCAUCACGGGAGUCCAGUCCGGCGUCCGGCAGGUGAAGGACUCGACGAGGGACAAGGGAAACCCCUGGGCCGUGGACGCACGCGUUCCAAAACAGUUCGCCAUGUUCGGAGGGCUCAACCUGGUGCUGCUCGGGGACUUAUGGCAGAUACCGCCCGUCAGGAGUCUCAGUAUUGCCGCCAACCCAUUUGUCAAGAGACCCGCCAACGUUGGCCGCAUACUGGAGAUGUUCUGGACAGAGGGCUUGCCGCACUCGGUGACUAACCGCUACGCCCUGGCCCAGUCGCACCGCUGCUCAGACGUGUGGUGGAGAAGCUUUCUCGCCGAAGCGCGCGCUGGGAAUCUGUCGGACAGGAUGUGCGAUUUCGUCCACGGCUUCCCCACUGAUGUGCCCGGCUCCUGGAUGCCCGCAAGCCCCGGCAGCGCCGAGGCCUCGACGGGGCACUUCGGCUGCGGGAAGGCGAAGUGCCGCGCGCUCUGGUCAGUUGAGUGGCCACGGAUGUUCGGAGAAGGUCGGGCCUGGGAGGACAUGAAAUCCCUGGAGUGCGCUGAGUGCAGCGCGGAACGCCAUCGGCGCAGCCGCGUCGCCUCUCAGAGCGAUGCCAGACAGCGGGAGGUGAGCACGGCGUUCGCGGACGCGCUGUUCGUGCACCCGUACAACGCCCCGAAGAGCAGGAGUCUGACGCUGCGAGCGGCGAAUGCGGCAGCCAAUGCUGGGAAGCAGCUCCUCUGGGUGGUGGCGCGCGAUGUCCCCCUCACUCGGGACGACGCAUGCAGGUCGACGGAGUCGCUCUCCCCCGCCAGGCAGAACUGGCUCAUGUACCCCGAGAACAAGACUGGCGGAGUUCCGGGUGUGCUGCCGAUCUUCGAGGGGAUGCGGGCGCGGUUCACCACCACGGAGAAUGCGGAGGCGGGAGCCUGCAAGCACUCCUGGGGUACCGAGACGGGCUGGGUCCUCCACCCCGACGACUCGAAGUUGGUGAAAGACCACAGGUCCGAGCCGGAGCUGGUCCUGCAGCACGUGCCCGAGGCGAUCAUGGUGCAAAUUCCCGGGAACACAGCGCCCCGCUUUGGGAAUCAGCCCGCGGGCGUCUUCCCCGUGAAGCAGAGGGAGGUGUCCUGGGAUCGCAGUCCCGGCUUCAAGGCCAUGGUGAAGCGCGCGGGGUCCCCGCUGGUCCCGCACUUCGCCGCCACGGCCCACUGCGUCACCGGCGCCACGCUGCCGCAGGCCAUUAUCGACCUCCUGGACGCGCGCACGACGCCCCGCGCAGCCAUGGUCCCCACGGGCUACGUGGCCAUCAGCCGCACCAGGAGGGCUGACGAUCUGAUCAUCACGCAGCCUUUUUCGCCCAUGCUUUUCCGCCAGGGGCAUCAGACGGGCCCAUGGCUCUUGCACUCCCUGACAGCCGGGGAGAUGACGACGGAGCAGGCGGAAGCCGGCUGGGCCAAGGCAGAGAAGGAAGCCGCGUCCAGGUCGUCCAAGAAAUUGGUGGACGUCACUUUCCAGUGCGCCGACUGCCACCAGCGGAAGAGAGCGGGCAACUUCCCAGGCAGCGGCAUGAGAACGAGCGACCCCGUAGAGCACGCCGUGGCGUUGCUGUGCCAGGGCGCGUGGAGGAGGUGCGCCCUGUGCGCGCAGAAGCGGACCUCUGCUGCGGGCGCGCCCGCCGCGGCUGCAGAGCCAUUCGCCGCGAAAGGCAGAGACGUGCUCGUCUGCAAUCGCUGCAAGGAGACUAAAUCGUUAAAGAACUUCAGACGCAGCGAGGUCAAUGACUUGACGGGAAGAGGGGCGCUGGACCUUGCCGUUUGCGUCGCUUGCACCCCUGAGAGGCAGCAAUUCAACAUUAUGUCGGAGGGCCGCCUUUUUAAGUGCCGCAUCUGCUCGCAGGAGAAGGCAGCGGAUCAGUUUGAUGCAGCCUUUUUUAAGAUGCACAAGAGCGUCAAAGUCGCCGCGUGCACAGAAUGUCUCGACGAAAAAGGGAAGCCCCUCUGUCAGGGAGGCUGCGGAGCAAGGCCUCCAGACCGCUUGACGUACAGCACCGGUUUUUGGUGCGAGUCUUGCAAAGUCCCGCCGUGCGCGAGAUGUGGCACGACUCCGCGGCCGAAGACGGCCAAGUACAGAGUGUGGAACAUGAAAGAGUGGACCUGCGCUCAGUGCCGGGAUCCGCGCGGGGGGCUGAAAUGCGCCCAGUGCUCGGCAGUGUUUAUGCGAGCAGCCGUGAAGAGUUCCCAGCGCGACAAAGCAGACAUGCUCUGCCCCGCUUGCAG